CCGGUCCGCGUGGGCGGACGGGAUCGGCACGGACCGGAAGUGAGGUGCGGGGCUCGGGUCGGUGAUGCCGCUGGAAAAGGCCGAGGGAGAAGUUGGAAGCGGCGUCUAGUCGAUCAGCAGCCUGUGAGAAUGGCUGAAGUGAGCUGGAAGGAGAUUCUUCUAUUGAUCGGGGUGGUGGUUGCGUGUUACUGGAACAGUACCUACUGUGGAUUUGUCUUUGAUGAUGUUUCUGCCAUUCUGGACAACAAAGAUCUGCAUCCUUCAACGCCAGUGAAGAACCUCUUCCUCAAUGACUUCUGGGGAACCCCAAUGAGUGAGGAGAGGAGCCAUAAAUCAUACCGUCCCCUUACUGUGCUCACCUUUCGAUUAAACUACCUGUUCAGUGAACUGAAUCCUGCUUUCUACCACCUCUCAAACCUUGUUCUACACGCGGUGGUCUGUGUCAUUUAUCUCCGGGUUUGCCAGCUGUUCCUGGACAGAAAAUCCAGCCUGAUUGCCUCUCUGCUUUUUGCAGUUCAUCCGAUUCACACGGAAGCAGUUACUGGAGUCGUGGGUCGAGCUGAACUCUUGUCCUCUGUUUUCUUUCUGGCUGCAUUUUUAUCAUACACCAAAUCUAAAGGUCCCAACAAUUCAAUCGUGUGGACACCCAUUGUGGUUACUAUAAUUUUAGUUGCUGCUGCAACAUUGUGCAAAGAACAGGGAAUUACGGUCAUUGGCAUAUGCUUCGUGUAUGAAAUCUUUGUUGCCCAAGGGUUCACUCUGCAAGUUCUGAGAGAGAUCGUGGUUCAUGUGGUCCAAGGAAAAGGCCAUCUACCACCAUGGGUGCUCCAAACGCUCAUCAAGCUUAUUUUUCUGAUGCUUAGCACACUUCUUCUGGUCAUUGUCCGUGUCCAGGUCAUUCAGUCCCAGCUCCCAGUUUUCACCAGGUUUGACAAUCCAGCUGCCGUUAGUCCGAGUCCCACUAGGCAGCUCACUUUCAACUACCUCUUGCCCUUGAAUGGCUGGCUGCUUCUGAAUCCAUCCGAACUGUGCUGUGACUGGACGAUGGGCACCGUCCCACUUGUGGAGUCAGUCUUGGACAUUCGAAACCUUGCCACUGUUGUCUUCUACGUUUUAGUGGCCUUGUUCAUCUAUUAUAGUCUUCUCUAUCCUGGUGAAUCAUCUCAAGUUGUAUUAAUGGCACUUUCAUUCAUAGCCUUGCCAUUUAUUCCGGCAUCGAACCUGUUCUUCCCUGUUGGCUUUGUGGUGGCAGAGCGUGUGCUGUACGUACCAAGCAUGGGGUUCUGUUUGUUGGUUGCCCGCGGAUGGAAGAAGAUAGCAGGAACACGGUGCCUAAAGAAGCUUUCUUGGAUUGGCUUGAUGAUUCUGCUUAUCACCCAUACCAGUAAGACAAUUUACCGAAAUUGGGAUUGGAAAUCAGAGUACACUCUAUUCAUGUCUGGUCUAAAGGUCAAUAAAAAUAAUGCAAAACUUUGGAAUAAUGUAGGACAUGCUUUGGAAAAUGAGCAUAACUACGGAAAGGCGUUGAAGUACUUCGUGCAAGCCACAAGAGUUCAACCAGAUGACAUUGGUGCCCAUAUGAAUGUUGGAAGAACUUAUAAAAACCUGAACAAAACCAAAGAAGCAGAAGAUGCCUACAUGCUGGCCAAAUCUCUUAUGCCACAGAUUAUACCAGGGAAGAAGUAUGCAGCACGCAUCGCACCCAAUCAUCUAAACGUUUACAUUAACCUUGCAAAUCUGAUUCGAGGAAAUGAAUCUCGGUUGGAAGAGGCUGAUCAGUUAUAUCGCCAGGCAAUCAGCAUGAGACCAGACUUUAAGCAGGCCUACAUCAACAGGGGAGAGCUGCUCCUGAAGAUGGACAGACCUCUGGAAGCCAGGGAUGCCUACAUCAGGGCCCUGGAACUGGACAGGACCAACGCUGACCUCUGGUACAACCUGGCAAUCGUUUACAUUGAGCUCAAAGACCCAUCUGAAGCCUUGAAACAUUUCAACCAGGCUCUGGAAAUUAGUGCAAACCAUAAACUGGCACUGUUUAACUCUGGUCUGCUGAUGCAAGAAUCUGGAGAGGCCAGUCUCAGACCAGAGGCCAAGAAGCGGUUUUUAAGCUACAUAGAAAUGGAGCCAAAGGAUGCGAAUGGCUACUUCAAUUUGGGCAUGCUUGCCAUGGACAGCAAGCAGAACGUUGAAGCUGAAGCGUGGAUGAAAAAAUCCAUUGAGGUGCAGCCGGGCUUCCGCAGUGCCUUGUUUAACCUAGCCUUGUUGUACUCCCAGACAGGGAUGGAGCUGGAAGCGCUCCCUGUGCUGACAGAGCUGUUGCAUCACCAUCCCGACCACAUUAAGGGCCUCAUCCUGAAGGGGGACAUCCUGAUGAACCGAAUGAAGGAUAUUAAGGGAGCCAAACAGUGCUUCAAGAGGAUCCUGGAAAUCGACCCCACCAGCGUUCAGGGCAAGCACAACUUGUGUGUGGUGUACUUCGAAGAGAAGGAACUCGUCAAGGCUGAGGCUUGUCUGGCGGAGACCUUGGCCUUGGCACCAGAUGAGGAAUACAUUCAUCGUCACCUGAGCAUUGUACGCAGCAAGCUCGCAGCUCAAGGCAGCGGCAGCCCACCGCAACACCCGACAUCAGUCACUCAAGCAGACCAGCUGGGGCAGGAACCCUCAAACAAGAACCUGAAGGGACAGGGAAAAGAACCAAAAAAGGUUUCUGGGACUGCAGAUGCGACAGAGACAGACACAGAUGUUCCCAGCGACUCUAAACAAUCCCCAAAUGGACUCAACAAACGGACAAAAAAAAAGUCCAAUAAAGAGAUAAAAGAAAUUGAAAAGAAGCGCGCUGCAGCCUUAAAGCGAUUGGAAGAGAUUGAACGCAUUUUGAACGUUGAGUAGGCACCAAGUCAUCCAAUUCUGUAUGAUCACUGUCCUUUCUAAUUGACUAUUAUUGUGGCAACAAUAGUUUGUUUCCCGCUAUGCAGGGAAGAUUACUUUAUGCAAAGUAACUUGAAUAGAAAUCAUAAUACCAACAAAGCCAAUCGUAUUUCUGAAUGCGAAUUGAAACACUAAUUUAAUGAUAAUUAAAGACUCCUACCUCCAGUCAUCUUCAUGUCUAGAAGCAACAGUCCUUUGUGUAGAAAAAUGGGUCAAGUACUUGCAGAGUAACUUCUAAAGAAACCUGGUGUGUUUUAGUGCUGUCAGAAAUGCCAAGAACUCUCUGAGUGUUCUUGGAUAAAUCCAGUAGACCAAAAGGUUCCCAGGUGGUUUGUCCCGCCCACCCCAGUUGAUUCAUUGUGUGAGUGAUUCCCAGUUUAGGAUAAUUGAAUUCUGGGCAUGUGAGGUUAGUGGAUUUUGCUUAGAGAAGUGUUGAAGCUCUUGCAACUGUCUUAGGUGAAUCUAGGCUGAGGCAGUGGAAAAGUCUUCUGGUGACCACCACAACCCCUCGCCCCCUCCUUUUUGGUCAUCGUUUGGAAACUAUGUUGAACGUGCUUGUGCGUAGAUUUCCUGGCAGCCUGGAGCUCCCCUGAAAAACUUUCACACCUGUAAUGUCACCAGACUGAACAUUUCUCAAUAACCAGGUUCCCUCAUGGAUGGGUGAGCCUGGGAAAUGAGACAUGAGGAGCCUUGAGGCUUCUAAAACCUGGAUUGGAAUCUCUCACAGGCAGACAGGGAGUGUUGGUUGAUCGGCAAUGUUAACUAAUGAUGGCAAGGUUGAUUACUGUUCAGAGUUGCUUCUCACCAAAAUAUACUAUAGUUUGAGGAGCUCCAUUUGUAUGAAGUAUAAAUAACAAAUUUGAUAUUUAGCCUUUAUAAAAAAAAAUCUGAGAAACUUCAAUAAGAGAGAGGGUCCAGAGGACUCUCACUCUUGCCCAUAAUCUAUUUGUACAGCCUUCAGCACACCUUCCCCACAGUAGUUGAGUUAUGUUUACUGCCAUCAUGUAGUGGGCAGUGCACAGGACUGAUUAACUUGGCCUUUCUGUGGAAAAAUCUGUUAAUGUGGCAAUGAUGUGUUAAAAAGUUAAACCACUCCUGGUAUGGAUAUUACAAGGCAGCAGCAGUUUGCAAAGCAAUGUCUUUGCUAUAAUUUCCUUUGUUACACCUAUGCAUUAAACACUAAAUCAUUUAUUUUAAGUCAAUUCAUGCACUGAUACAUAUACAUUAAAACAUAUAUUCGAUAUUGCUUUAUCCUUGAAUUUAGUAUUAUGUGGAACUUUUGCUUGAGUUAGAUUUGAUGUGUUUUAAUCACUAAUUAAUGUCAGCACAUUACUGAGGCAAUUUCAACCCUGUGGUUACAGGAAUUGUGUCUAAAUGAGAUAAUAUCAAAAUUGUGCUAAGGAGGUAACACUGCAGUCAUGUUCUGUGUUAUUCACAUCUGUCAUUGGAUCCGUGGGGGAUUGAGCAGGUUCUUAGCAGUUCAAAUCACCAAAUAGAAUCCUGCCCUUUUAACCAAGGCUUGAUAUUCUUAAUAAUUGUGUGUUUAUUUAAGACUAACAAGUGUUAUAACCUCUCACUUAAAUCAAUGACUUUCGGUUGUCUUUCUUGAAUGCAAAUAAAAUUUUGAAUU